AUGUCGAGUUCUGCUCAGCCCGGAGCUAUAGAGCGUAGACGAAAAGUGAGCAGAUGGUUGAACUCUUUAUCUCAUUCUUCAUUUCCAGGGAAACGCAAACCAUCGACAUUAGCUCCAACACCAGUACCAAAGCCAACACCACGACCGACUGCACCGAAACCCAAGUUUGAAGCCACGCCAAAGACUGUACCAGAGAGGCAACCAGCAUCGAAUUCCGAAACAGAUAUUUUAAAUAUGAUGGAAGUGAUAGAAGGAUUUGAAGGGAUUAGAUUAAAAGCAUAUGAUGCUCAGCCAAACAAUCCAAAAGUUCAUGAUACGACUAUAGGAAUAGGGCAUAAUUUAAACAGACCUGAUGCAGAGGAAACGUUUGCGGAACUCUUACCUGAUGUUGAUUUCGAGAAGGUCAAGUCGGGAGAGCAAGAAAUAACAGAGGAUGAAGCUCGAACUUUGUUUAAACACGAUAUUAUAAAGAAGGUCAACGAGGUAAAAGAAUUGGUGGGGAAUGAUGUUUACAAUAGUGUGCCAUCCGAUGUGAAAACGGCGCUUGUAAAUGCAAGAUACAGGGGAGAUCUGACAGAAGAAGUAGCAGAACUGAUUAAUGAGGGAAACUGGGAAGCAGCAGGGAAGAAAUAUCUUGAGCAUGAUCAGUAUAAGAACGCGGAACAGCUGGGGAUACCUGGUGUAAUUAAAAGAAUGGACUGGAACAAAGAGCAGUUUGAUACGAUGAUUGAAAAAGUUAAACCAGAUCCGAAAUAAAUAAAUAUAGAUUUAUAAACUGAGAAUGAUUCGAAAAAAGAGACCAGUUAAACACCAUGGUUGAACUAGAAAAUCUUAAUCCGAAACAAAGAAAUUAGAAUUAUUGAAUUUGUGUGAAAUAAAAAUAAAUAAACAUUGGUACUCUA